UUCUAUUUUUGGUGAGACUUUUUCAACAUUUUGACACGCAAAGUGCUGAAUUUUAUAUGUCACGCGGAAAGGUUGCGUUACACGUUUAGUCUCGUCAUUCUCACUCUGUCACGACACGAGUCUGAUAAACCGCGUGACCCUAAACACUCAGGACCCAGACGGGAAACAAACCAGCCGCUUUCCGUCUGAAUGGGAAUAAUUCCAGCCGAUCAUCCGAACAUUUGAUCUAGGUGCCUUGAGGGAUCUUUAACUGCCUCAAACUCGACGGUUAGCGGGGAUAUUGGUUUAUCCAGGUGUUGGUAAUGGGUUGUUGCCGGAAAGAAAGCAAUGCCAUGUCUCACGCCUCUGGGCGGUAUCUCUCAGAGGAAAUCCUCAUAUUACCGGACAGUGCUCUGAUUGGCUGAUAGAACAAUAGUAGCGGAAGAAGCCAAUCGGGUACCCGUCGCGGGCUUUCAUCUGCCACAUUAGUUCAGCAGUGAAGAGGUCUUUCAACAGCUUGGGGUCAGCAAAUUGCUCACAUAUCAUUCGCUCUGAAGGGAUAUCACAUUUUCGGGAGGCCUCCUUGCCGCUGAGGAAUUCCACACACCAAGACAAGAUGGAUGUGUGUUUGCGAGUUUCGUUCUGCCUGUGCUCUCGUAGUGCCGUCAGCCUCAUUCUACUCGCUCUCCUUGGCGCUCUUACCCCACACAGUUCUGUCGGACAACUGCAGAUUCAAUGUUAUGAUAGCCAGGGCCGGGCUCAGCGAUGUAUGCCUCAGUUCGGUAACGCCGCGUUCGGUAAGCGGGUCAUAUCUAAUAAUACUUGUGGGGACCCGCCGAAGAAGUUCUGCGUACAGACGGGAGUAUUAGAGGUCCGCAAGGAGUGUGAGAUGUGCAACUCAUCGGACCCCGCGUUAGAGCACCCGGCGCUGAAAAUCACGGACAUCAAGGACGAUACGAAUCGUACAUGGUGGCAGUCUGAGACUCUGCUUGAGAACCCCGACAAACCCGUCACACUAACUCUAGACCUGGGCAAAUCCUACGAUGUGUCGUAUAUACGAAUACGAUUCCGAUCCCCGCGGCCCGAGAGUAUGGCAAUCUACAAGAAGACGACUCCAUCCAGUAAAUGGAUCCCGUACCAGUAUUUUAGCGCGACUUGUGAGAAGACUUAUGGGGUCACGACCAACGGGAUUGUAGACCCGAGGAACCAACAAGUCGCAUUAUGCACGGACGCGUUUAGUACCAUCACCCCUCUGACAGGCGGCAACGUUGCGUUCAGCACCCUAGAAGAUCGACCCGACGCGUAUAACUUCGACAACUCUCCCGCACUGCAAGAGUGGGUCACCGCGGUUGCCGUGCGAAUUCAUUUGCGGCGAAUGAACACAUUCGGUGAUGAAGUGUUCGGGGAUCCGAAUGUUUUACGGAGCUACUAUUACGCUAUUAUUGAUCUGUCUAUCGGAGGGCGAUGCAAGUGUAAUGGCCAUGCCUCGGAGUGUGAGGAGACCCGCUUAUGGGACGGGCAGACCCGGCUCCAGUGCAAAUGUCAGCAUAACACUGAAGGGGUUGACUGUGAGAGGUGCAAGCCCCUCUACAAUGACAGACCAUGGGCGCGAGCGUCUUCUAGGAAUGCCAACGAAUGUGUUCGCUGUAAUUGUAACGGUCUGGCUGAGAGCUGUGUGUUUGACGAGGCAUUGUACCGACAAACGGGACAUGGCGGACGAUGCCAAAACUGCAAACAGAACACGGACGGUCCGAACUGCGAGCGAUGUAAGGAGAACUUCUACCGUAAGACCAGCCUUGAGCCGUGCGUGGCGUGUGGAUGCAACCCUGUUGGCUCGGUCUCUCUGCAGUGUAACAGUGAAGGCCAGUGCAGGUGUAAACCGGGCGUUACUGGAAUCAAGUGUGACAAAUGCCAGGCGAACUACUUCGGCUUCUCGCAGACUGGAUGCAGACCUUGCCAAUGUUUUGGCCCCGGCACUGACCCAGCCAAGACCCAAUGUAACGAGAAAGGUGAAUGCACGUGCAAGCGUCACGUGGUCGGUGCCAAGUGCACGCUUUGCCGGUCGGGAUACUUUGGUCUGGAGGCGAGCAACCCACAUGGAUGCAAACAGUGCUUUUGUUACGGUCACUCCACCGUCUGUAAGGCCGCUCCCGGCUACACGUCACGUAACAUCACCACGGAUUUCACCACAGGUCUGGAGGGAUGGGCCGUGGAAAACGAUCAAGGUAAGGACGUAACGGAGCAGUACGCUGCGCACAGCUCCGCAGGGUUUGUCAGCGUAACCGCCAUCGGGAAAGAGUCGCUGUUCGCUCGGGCCUCGCUUGUGUACAUCGGCAACCGACGAAGCAGCUACGGACAGACGUUCGGUUUUAUGUUCCGUGUUGGUACCGUGGACGGUAUGCAGGUUGACAAUGGCGACAUCACAAUCGAAGGCGAAGGCGGACUCAAGAUCACCACCCAACUCACCGCACAGGGUAACCCCAAACCGGGCGUGGCCUUUCAGCAGUACCGCUACCGCCUGCACGAGGACGCCUCCUUCGGGUGGCGUCCCAGCCUGACGUCACAUGACUUUCAGCGCCUUCUCACCAGCAUCAAGUCCAUCAAGAUCCGAAUGAACUACGCGGAUCAGGGAACCGGAAUGCUGGACGGAAUGUUUUUUGAAUCGGCAGUGUACGAUCCAACAUCUCCAAACCAGGUGAACUGGGUGGAGCAGUGCAGCUGCCCCAAGGAGUACAAGGGAAACAACUGCGAACAGUGUAAAGACGGCUACACGCGACAGGCGGGCUCUACUGACAGAUAUGCACAGUGCGUGCCUUGCCAGUGUUACGGCCAUUCCGACACGUGUGACCCUGUCACCGGAAAAUGCAACUGUAAACACAACACCACAGGCAUCCGCUGUGACAAAUGCAUUGGCGGUUACUAUGGCAACCCUACUCAGGGGACCCCUGACGAUUGUAAGAAGUGCCCUUGCAAGUUCGGCACGCGGUGCAUUCAGAUCGGCGCUAACGUGGUGUGCACGGACUGCCCCGAGGGUCACGUGGGCAACUUGUGUGACAUGUGUCAAGACGGUUACUAUGGCGACCCAAUGGGAAAGCGUGGCGCACCGACCACUUGUCAGAAAUGCAACUGUAGCGGUAACAUCGACCCUAACGCCAUUGGGUCAUGUGACCGCCUCACUGGGGACUGCCUCAAGUGCAUUCACAACACGCGCAACGGACCCAUCAGCCAGUGCGAGCUAUGCGCUAUCGGUUACUAUGGAAACGCCACUCACUAUCCUAAGCCACAGUGCAAAGCGUGCGAGUGUUACGUACAGGGUACUGUUUCUCCUCCCGGACACGACCCCACCCUCCCCUUCCCCUGUGACGACAAGGGGCGCUGUACAUGUCUGCCGAACGUCAGCGGGGACAAGUGCGACACAUGCAGACCUGAGUACUGGAACGUCGCCUCUGGCAAGGGAUGUGAGCCUUGUAACUGCGAUACAACAGGAUCAUGGAAUAACACGUGUAGCGUGACCACAGGACAGUGCCACUGCAAGCCUGGCGUGACAGGCAGACGGUGUGACCAGUGUAGCAUCGACCACUACGCAUUCUCUGAGCUGGGAUGCCUUGCGUGUAACUGUAACCUGCAAGGCUCAUUAAAUGUUACGUGUGAUGAGCAGGGUGUGUGUCAGUGCCGACCGGGAGUCCUGGGGAUCAAGUGCGACUCGUGCCAAGAGAACUUCCACAACUUGACUGCCGGGUGUAUAGCUUGUCCCCCAUGCUAUGAUGUCAUUCAAAAGAUCGUUGGGGGUUUACGGCGGAAGCUGUACGACCUAAUAUACAUAAUCGAUCGGUUCAACACCUCGUCCAGUGUAGUGGUGGACGUAGACUUUGAGAAGAGACUGGCACUACUGAAAGAACAAGUGGAGAGACUGCUGGCCAAAGCAGAAGAAGCCAACAGUACAGACAAAGUGUUACAGGAGGAGAUAAUGAAGCUGAACGAUCGCGUGACCGCCACUCGCAACAAAGUGAUUGAAAUCUGGAAAAAUACACAAGCCGCUGGCAACGCAUCGCGGGCGGGUAUGAGUGACGCCAUGAUGGCCCAUGAUUCGCUGAAUGUCUCGCGUCAUCUGCUAGACCUAAUGAAGAGUCUGCUGAUGAGCGACGCGGCGAGAUCCUUGAAUGAGUCGAGACUCUUUGCAAAUAGCACGGGAGAAUGGCGCAUGCGUGAAAUUGCCGAAGAGACAAAGAAACUUGCCGACAAACACGAGAAUCAAGCAGACGAAAUUACCCAGAAGGCAGUGCAAGCUGCGAACGCUUCCGAGCAGGCGGUGAAGACCGUGGACAAGGCUGUUGAAGCUCAGAACCAGACCUCCAUCGAUCUGGCCGAGCUGCGGAGAAUGCUGGGAGAAGUCGAACAGCUGCACGUCACCACAAGGGCAAACGCCAGCAAAGCACGUGACCGGGCCCAGAAUGCUAUGCGCGACGCGGAUGAACUGUAUAAGAAUGGCACCGCGCCUUUGCCAGACCUGGGUAUUGACGCUAUUAGAGCCAAAGCAAACGAAACGAAAGCAAAGGCUUCCGAGAAAGCCAUGGAGGCCAUGAAAAUCCUGUCGGAUCUGAAAGGACUGGUGACGAGCUUUGACGCCAAGGAAGCGGACGUGCGUAAGAAAAUGGCGGAAUGGCCUGGACUAAUGGACCAGCUGGAGAAGCUCCUGGCGGCCAUUGACAAUGCAAACGCGACUGCGUGGGAUGCGUUUAUUAAGGGAGAGGACACUCUACAGAAAGCCAAGGAAAUGCUCGAAACCAUGCAGAAAUUUAACGAAAUCAUCGAGAAUUCUCGCAAGGAGGCGGAGAAAGCCGAACAGAACAUCCCCGAAAUCGAGCGGUUGAUCGCGUCCGCGAACGCGAAGUCAGAUAAUGCGACCGCGUCUCUAGGGGACGCGCAACAGGUCGCGGGCGAAGCCAAGGACAAGGCCGGCCAGGCGCAAAAAACCGCAGACGCCGCGAGAAUGAAAGCCGAGAAGAUUCGAAUCGAGGCGCAGAAUCUCACUCUGCCUACAGACACCGUCAGUACGCCCGCAAAACGAGCAGCGGACAAACUACAGGAGCUUAAGGACAGAGUCGGGAGAGAGCGAGACGCGAUCGCUGCCGCGAAGGAAAAAUCCACCAACGCUACGGCGGCCAGCAAACGCGCGAGGGACAAGAUAGAUGAGGUCCUUCGCAAGCUGAACGAGCUGCUGAAAGAAAUCGACAACCUCGAUAUGGUGGACAUGAACAAGUUGGACGAACUCGAGAAGAAGCUGGACAACGAGAUCGAGAGCGAGCGCAAGGUGGACGGGGCACUGGCGAACGUGGAAGACACGCACCGGAUAAUCCGCGAGAGGAUCACGGAAUACACGGUGGACUUAGAGAGACUGAAGAAGCAGAUGGCGCAAGUCCAGAACGUGAUUAAUUCUAUGCCAGAUACAUGCAAGAAACGAAUUACCAAGUCAGAGGGGCGAGGCUAAACUAUGUGGGAGGGGAGGGAAAGGGUGUAUUUCAAUAGGGAGUGGGUGGGUGGUCGUUAGGCGCGCAAGGAAGACUUGUGACGGGAGAGGUGAAGUGAAGCCAAAUGUACAUGACUCGGUGAGGCAAGUGGGAUACCUGUGGUGUUCUGUGACCGUAAGGUCGAGCAGCUGCUAAUCCUUGGCAUUUUUGACAGGGUGAGUUGCCUGUGGUGUGGUUGUCACGUAGGAGACUGGGUAUAUCUUUCUGUACAGGACAUGAAAUAAGAAAAUUGGGAGGCUGAAAGUGAAUGUGGUAAAGGUAAUUUUGAAAAGAGUACCCGCGGGAAUGAAGGGUGAUUAAGAUUCAAAAACCCUGAUACGAAAAGAAGACAAUUGUAACGAAAUAGAGACUUUAUUAAAAUAUUAGGGACUAGUAUUAGCAUUUAGGGGACUAAGAUAGUUGAUCGAGUACUAGUAUUGAUAUGAUCAAAUUAUUAAUAACACGCCCUCGUGAAUGGGUAUAAACUAUGUAGUUAGUUUCUACAAGGGUGGGGUGGGGUCUGUCAAGGGGAGGUUGGGGGGCUUUUGGCCACUACUGAUAGACGAGUAGAAGAACACGCUUCUCAGAAUCUAGAGUAAUGAUAGUAAAUCAUAUCAUUAGUUUAAUGGCUAAGGUUAUGCUAUCAAUUUAAGAGCCCUUGCCAGCCGCAUCUUUUUAAUUGUUUUCACCAAUAUUUGGAGGCAAAUUGUGAGAAAGAUAUAGCAUCUUAUGCCUUAUUUACUAAAUUCUAUUAAAACAACGCAGAGAUCCUUGAUGAAACUGGAUACUUGCUCGCACUUGGUACUUUGCUAGGAAAACAAAUGGCGGCUGGCGAAGGCUCGUGCUAGUGACCAGAGACCAUUGCGGUAUGUCUAUAUUCCAAAGCGUGUUGGGAGUAGCGCCAUACGCUCGUUCCAAUCUCUUGCGUCUAAAGCACUGAGAGGGGAGCCUUAGGAGAGCGAGAAAUUAUGUAUAGAUUUUUCUUGUAUAGAUUUUCUUUUCCCUAAUUAGAGUGAUACUCGCUUCUCGGACAUUUACGAUAUUUUAUUCUAUCUGUAGAUCGUAGAAAUAAAGCUUUUAUAAUAUAUCAUGAAUCGCUUGCAUUGCUAAGCACAAAGUAUAACGUUGUAUAUCAUACAAAGACAAUAUUACGUUUCCUUGUUAUAUAUUUCUUUGUCAUCAAUAAACUGAAUUUUAAUUGAA